GCACUUUGCGUGUGAGCCCCCCAAAAAACACUCAUACCAAAAAAGGGAUAAGACCGGGAAAUGGCGACUCUCUCUGCGUCGCCCCUUGGAAGCCUCCACUUACCAGCCAACCAUUUUUCUCCCUCCGAUCUUCGCAAGAAACAGUUUGGAAGUCACCGACAAAACCGUUUAACACCGCGAGGGACCAAGAGGCAGGGAAUUCGUCUCCUUGCCAAGCUUAAUGCAUCUCAAAGGAACAGGAGCUCAAAGAAAGAGGUGAUCAUGGUUGAUCCUUUGGAAGCCAAGCGAUUAGCUGCAGAAGAAAAGGAGGAAAUUGAAACCAAACAGAGACUGAAAAGGCGGCGUCAAAUAGAAGCUAUAAACGGUGCUUGGGCUAUGAUUGGUCUAACAGCAGGGCUUGUGAUUGAAGGGCAUACAGGAAAGAGCAUUCUUGCUCAGUUGGCCGGAUACUCUUCUGCAAUUAUUAGCAUUUUUGAGAGAUAGAUCGAUCCAUCAAAAUCCGUUUUGGUGAAAAUUGUCUCUUAUUAUUGCUGCAUUCGAAUUGGCUCUACCGCCACCAAAAUGGGUUCGGGAAGAAUGGCAUGGCAAGCCUAUCUAUAUAUAUCUCUCACACACACUCCUUGAAGUCGAGCGGCUCUGAGCUCGUACAUUUGGACUUCACUUGUAUUGUUCAUUUUCUUGUAGUGAUAAAAAAAAAAACCCUGUCCUCCUGUACGUACUCAGUAACUUUAUGUGAAAAUUGAUUGGUUGCGAAGUCUCAUGCACUGUAAUACCUCGGGCUACUAAAUAUACUCAUUCCCAUGGUUCAACAAAAUUUCUGAUUGCUCUUUUAUAUGUUUUCUUCAACGCUGUUCGCUAUAUGGAUUUCGUUCUCUCCUCUAUCU